AGUCAGCUGGAACAGCGUGAGGUGCUGUGCAUGUGUGCUGUACAGCCUCAGCCUUGCUGCUGCCGGUGCCUGGGACAAGAAGCUGCAGCAGCCUCAGGCUGCCGUGGCUGGCAGCACCCAACAGCGUAUUACCUUCAGGAAAUGGCCUCUUCUAAGUCUUUGAUGAACCUUCUGACCUUCAGUUUUGGAUCUGCAAUAGGAUUUUUUCUAUGCUAUCUCCUGUUUAGCAUGAUACUAGAAGAACAGGUUGAGAUCCAACCUCGUAUUCUUCACAAUGAUCCACAUGGUCAACACUCAGAAGAUACUGAUAACAAUCAGCUGCAAGGACAAAUGAAUUUCAAUGCGGACUCUGGACAGCAUAGAGAUGAGAAUAAAAAUGUUGCAGAUGGACUCUAUCAGAAGGUGAAAAUACUUUGUUGGGUCAUGACUGGACCUCAAAAUCUGGAGAAGAAAGCCAGACAUGUUAAAGCCACCUGGGCCCAACGUUGCAAUAAAAUACUUUUUAUGAGCUCUGAGGAAAAUAAAGACUUCCCAACAGUGGGCCUAGAAACCAAAGAAGGCAGGGACCAACUUUACUGGAAGACUAUAAAAGCUUUUCAGUAUGUUUAUGACCAUUAUUUUGAUGAUGCUGAUUGGUUCAUGAAAGCGGAUGAUGAUACGUAUGUUAUAUUGGACAAUUUAAGGUGGCUUCUUUCAAAGUACAGUCCUGAACAGCCGAUAUACUUUGGAAGAAGGUUUAAGCCUUAUGUGAAACAGGGCUACAUGAGUGGAGGAGCGGGGUAUGUUCUGAGCAAAGAAGCUCUGAAAAGAUUUGUGACUGCUUUUAAAACCAACAAAUGCUCUCAUAGUUCCUCUAUUGAAGACUUAGCACUAGGAAAGUGCAUGGAGAUCAUUAAUGUAGAAGCAGGAGAUUCCAGGGAUACAAGUGGUAGGGAAACAUUCCAUCCCUUUGUUCCAGAACAUCUCUUAAUCAGAGGAUACCUACCAAAAACAUUCUGGUACUGGAAUUACAAUUAUUACCCUGCUGUAGAGGGCCCUGGAUGCUGCUCUGACCUUGCGGUUUCAUUUCACUAUGUUGAUUCCAUGACUAUGUAUCACUUGGAGUACUUGGUUUACCAUCUCCGUCCAUAUGGGUAUUCGUAUCGGUACAAUCCUGAUUCGGCAAAGAGCCCGGGGGAGCAGAACAAAAAUGAAGCACUAGAGGAUAAUCCAAAGCUAAAGCAAAAGACUUCUGAGAAUUAAUUGGACUUUGAAGGAAACUGAAAGAAGGCAGUACGGUGAUUAAGAGUCUUCUCAAACUCCUGCAUGAAGCUUGUGGACUAGGAUUAUCCAUUGCGAUUCUUACGUUGGCAGUACUACCAGUCAGUGCCUGUGCACAAAAGAGUCCAGCGUAGGCUCUGGCUGAUUGGGAUAGUGUGACAUUGCAGCCCUACUCACAAAGAUAUUGGGCCCUAGAGCUGUGGAACAGGAGGAGGUUCUGGUACGCUGGUUCCUAGAAGAACUCAGAUUUAAAAGCAUAGUGGACAGAUUCAAAGAUAAUCAUACAGUGUUUCUUUUUUUCCCUUCCAAUUGUUCUGUUAUGUGAGUUCUUAUACUAGAAAUCUGAUGUAACAGGAAUGCUUCAUGAUGGUUUUCUCCAGUAUUUUCAGUAUUCUGAAGUUACUGCGUGCAUGUUGCCCUAUAAGGAAGUAAGAAGGGUAAAAAAUAGAGCCUCAAAUCUGCUUUGCCUUAAUGACAGACUGGUUGGUAAGAACAGAGACACAUCUCAGUGAUUAAUGUCUGAAUUAUUUCAGAAAUUAAAUUCACUGCUAGGAAUUAUUUACAGUUUUUUACUGUAAAUCUUUACUGUACAAAACAACAUGAAGUUAGAUCACUACUGUCUUAGGGAGAAACCCAGGGAUAGUUAUUAUUGUUCAGAUUACUGAAGUGAUGUGAGGAGACUAUGUUUGUCCAUGGCUUUUUUUAAUUUUAUUUUAAUCAAGUUGCCAUUUGGCUAAAUAAAUUCAUCUCAGAACUUGUGAGCUAAAGAUGCUUUUUCAUAUGAAAGCUCUUCUCCAUUACAUUUUCUCUGUAAAACAGAACGGAUAGUAUGUUAGCCAAGUUGCGGUGGCAUGUAAUAAUUUGGAUUCAGCCAGUGUUAAUUAGUUCAUUUCUAUUCAGUUUCCCCAUUUCUGUACUUUGAGAUUGUGACAUUACCUUAUUCACAGGAUUUUACAGGUACAAACACAUACUGUUUUAAAACAGGAACAGAGCUCAUUUGUCUGCUUGGCUUAGAGAACUUCAUUUCCCUUUUCUGAACUCUUCCUCCAUUCUUAAAGUUUCUUGUUGCUUUUUUCAGAACAAAGUGAUAGAUGAUCGCUGUGUCACUCUUGUGAAGCUGAAGUAUUUGGUUAUUCAGGUAACCCAGCCUGAAUGCAGGUAUCUUUCAAGUGCAUUAAUCUCUCCACUACUUUAUGAGCAUCUCUGCCUCGUAAGUGAAAACACUUUCUUGGUGUGGAACAAAACGGUUUUAAUUACCGAAGAGUUUUCAGAAGUCGGGUCUGUGUUUUACAUACACAACACAACACUUCGUGGUUUUCACUUCUUCGAAUUCAGUUAAUAGAGCAGUUCAGGGGAUGGGGUGAAGCCUGACAUGCCUUUAUUCCACACUUGAACAAAAUUUCUUUUUAGCAUUUUUCGCCUUCAUCAUAUUGAUGAAUUUGGACAUAACCUGAUUACCUCCAGUCACUGCUUUGGAAAGGGCACAUACUUAGUGAUUAGAUAGCAGACAGCCUUAUUUACUGCUGCUGUCCUUCAGGUUCCUGGAGAGGACGUUAGCAUAAAGUACUGGAAUUUGUGUUUUCCAAAGAUAGUUCUCGCACAGAUUGGGGUUCUGUCUGUGGUCCAGUAGUGAGGUCGUGCAGCAUAAUGGCAAUUACUGAAAUAUGUGGAAUUGAAAUACUGUUUGUCAUGUCUGCCUGAAUAUAGGUUAGGUUUGUAUGUUAAACCUGUUGAUCUUUCAUGAGGAAGAUUCUGCGAAAUACUGAAAGAGAUGAGCUUUAUUUUAUGUUAACUGACUUAGAAGAUCAUAACCGUAUUUGUUUAGAAAAAGGAAAAAGCCUCCAGUUUGCUGUGGUCAGAGGGGUGCUGUAGUCAUAGAGAGAAUGCCUGAUAGCUUCUUUUAGUUGGAUGCUUCCUUCUGUCAGCUAAACGUUUAUCCCGCGUGCCACGCAAACAAUAAGAUUGUGAAAUCCUUAUACUGUUGAUAACUCUGGUGGCAUUGUUCAAACCUGCAAUUAAAGGUUCUGGAAUACAUCAGGAAACUGUAGAAUGAAAUCAAGAUCCCAGCGUUAAUCUCUUUGCCUUUCCUCUGGGGCAGUUCUGAUGGUUGCCUGUUCCCCAGCUGUGGUUGGUGGGCUUAGCAGAGCAGGGCAGGGCCUCGGGUGGAAUGGAGAAAUAAAGAAGUGAGCAGCACAUGUCUGCAAGGCCGAGAACUUACUGCUUGUGACAAGUAGGCGGCCCAUCUGGAGAAGUAAGAGCAGCCUUCUCUUCCAGUGCUCAUUCUUGCUUUGUUUUAAAGUAUUCUGCUCCCACACUUCUGAUAUUAUUUCUUUUGCCUUUCUGGCAAUACUGCAAAGAAAUCCAAAUAUUUUUUUUCCUGUCAGUAUCCAAAUAGGCUUGAAAAAAUAUCAAUUUUACGUUCUAAUAGAAGGCUGUUGCUCUCUGCUAAAUUGUAAUGUAGCAACGAGCCUAUACCUCCUGAAGUGAGCAGUUUGCAUCUCAUUCUUCAACAGCUGAAGCGGACGAGAUUGGAAUUUGAGCAGUUAGUGUAAUUUUCACAUGCCAUCUUACAGAACCAUUAACAGUUUAUUAUUUCACUCUCAGGUCUUCGUGCUUUGACAAAGUAUUGAGUAUUUCUGUAGCCCCAGCAGGCUUCUUCAUGGGAGGAUUCAGAAGCACAGAGUCUCUUUGGCUCUUUAGAUUAUUGCAUGCUCUCUCUCUCUUGCUCUCAGAUCUCUUAAUCAAAAUUAGAAACUUCCAUUGGUAUGGUUGGUUGUAAUUAAAAUGGUGCAUCUAACAUUUAUGAACUAGUUUUCUUGGAAUUAGGAAGCAGCAGGCUUUUCUUAAACAGUUGUUUGCCCCUGGAUAUGGGAACGUUCCUUAGCAUAAGACAGUAACGUAUUAACCCUGCAGUGUGUUUUAGCUCAAAAGAAAUGGGAGUGCCAAGCAAAGUUCCUAAUUGGAGGACAGUGUUAAAUUUGGCUUGCAGAAAAAAAAAACAAACAAAUUUAAUCAUUAACUUUGAGUUCAUUUGUGCAGCCUGUGUUGGACUUAGUGAAGGGGUUAGACUGUGUGCUGUUAGCACAGUCUCUCAUCUUCCCAUCAUUGUGGGAGGACUUUUCCCAAUGUCUUUCGCCUGUAAGGACACUGUCUUUGUUUAGCUCUGAUGGGGUUAUGUAUUAAAAUCACUUUUUCUUUACAUAUGACUGUUCUGUUUCCAGAGUGUGCAUUUCGGUGAGUACCUGGCACACCUGUAAUGCACAGUUUGCCAUCCGAGAAGGGCUUUUAUCUUCGUAUGACUAAGAAAGAUGUGGGUUAUUUCUCUGAUGUCCUGCUGCUGCUGCUAAUAGUGCACAGGCAGAUGGACAUAGAACUUCCAGUGUGGCACAACAUGGGAAGGCUGCUUUGUCCUUUUUCUGACAAGAAAAACUUCUGUGGGAUUCCAAAGGUGUAAUUUGUUUUAGUUUACCAUGCUGUAUUUAAAAUACUCCAGAAAUGUUGUUAAUGCUCUUAAAAAAUAAAAUGAAUAUUGCUGCUGGACAGUAUAUUCCACUAAAAACCUGUGAAUGUUUCAUUUUGCAGUUGUAGGCUGUUGUGUCCCUACUGACGGGUGUAAAUUGGUGACUCGUCUGGACUGAUCACCGUAAGAUUUGUUUCUGAAAUACCUUCUUUGAAGUGCCUUUGACCAAUUUUUAGCAUCAAAAUUAAGUUCAGAAUUGAAUAAAUGAAAUAAGUUAUCUCCA